AGUCGCAAUUCGUGCUUCGUCGUGUUAACAGCAGCACAAGCAGCUAACCAACAAAUAAGCGUUAAACGUUAGCUAGUAUGCAAUAACAACAACAAUGAUAGACGGUUGAAUAAAGUCGAAAUUUAAAGCGGUGAAAUAAAGGCAAAACACUGCGAUUGGUUAACUAAAAUAUUGAACAACAACAAAAACAGCUAGUAAGUGUUUAAGUUCAACAACAACAAAAAAAACUAAAUUAAGCGAACGAAAUAUGUUUUUUUAGCAAAGUGUGAAAUAACGCAUAAUAAAUACGAGCAACAACUACAACAAUAACACAAAGCGUUUGAAAAGUGGCAAACGGAAAUUGGUGCAACGUGAAGUGCGAAAAGUAAGAAAAACAAAAGAGCAAGAAAUAAAGAGCGGGUAAACAAAGCAGCAGCAACAACAACAACAAAAUAUAACAAUAAUAUUGCAACUUAUACUUUGGCAUACAUAUUUAUAUAUAUUGUAUAACAGCGGCGGCAAGUGGCAACAACACUAGCACUACAACAACAACAAUGCCAGUUAAUAUUGUGGCAACAACAGCAAAUGCAUUUUAGUUUUCUUUUUCUCUUUUGCGAAACUUAUUGCAACAACCAUAACACUAACUGGCCGUUAAAGGUGUGAAACCAACGCGGUCGCUCCCCUCCCAUUUACCCUUCGCCUGCUGCAGUGGUCGUCAUUGCCUUUACCGCCUUUGUUCUUAUUUCCAUCCAACACACAACUACAUGCAUGAGUGCGUGUGUGUGUUGUGGCUUUUGUUUAUAUAUUAUAAAAUCUAUUAUUUGCCUGUACAUUUGUGUGCGUGUUUGCUUUGGCUGUGUGUGCGCGCGUAUUUUUUGUUGUUGUCACGUGCAUUAGUAUUUGUUUGGCAUUGCGUGGUUCUACUUAAGCUGUUGGUAAACAGUGGAUGGCAUUGCUGCGGUUGCAGGUGGAUUCGUGCUUGACUGCUAUGUUGCUGCUGUCGCUGCUACUGUCGUUGUUGUUAUUGUUGUUGUUGCUGUUAUUCUGUUCUGUUGGUGGUGCGACUUUGGAAACUUAACUGACCACUAAACCAGCGAGCGUAGCGACAAAGCAGCCAAGCCAAGUCAAGAACAGCGCGCAAUAACAAUAACAACAAGCAGUGUGCUGAAAAUAAAUGAAAACUAAAAACAAUUCAUUCUAAGUUUGCUAGUUUUUGUUUUGUAUGUUUUUUUGUGUCUAUUGCCCAAGUAUCGAUUGCAGAAAUUACUGGUUUACUGUUGCUCACUGACUUUGAGUUGUUCUGUGUCGGGUGUUGGUGUUGCAUGUGGAUUUUUUGUUAAUGAAUUGUGAAAAUUUUAAAACAAAUACCCACUCGUGACUAACAAAAUUGUGACAAAAAGUGUACGCAAACCAAAUAAAAAAUUCAUAAAGUAAUAAAUAAAAAAUAAACCGUUAAGCGCAUAAAGCCGUCGGAAGUGUGGCAACAAAUUUCGGUGUCAACCAGCAAAAAAUAUUAUUUAAAAAAGUGAAAAAAGCUAAUUAAUUAUAAAAGUAAUAUAUGUAAUUCGAGCAAGCAGACUGCCACACAAACAUACCCACACGCAUGUAUAUUUUUUGGUGCGCUAUCUGCCGCUUGCAACAUUAAUUUUGGAGUGAAUUUACCAGGGCUUUGCGAGCGCUUAGCUGGCCACCAAUAAACCACAACAAAAAGUAAGACCAAAGCAACAACAACCAAAUAUAUAUAUAACGCUAAUAACGCGGAUUACAACAGCAGUGACAGCAGCAACAACAAUUAUAGCAAAAAACGUUAGCACCAAGAAGCGGCAACAUUUCGCGCCAGAAUAAAGAAUCGGUGAUUUGGAUCUCACACAAAACUGUACGAAAGGUGACUGUUAUUAAUGGAAAUAAUGCUUAAGCUGCUGGUGGUACUAACAACAUCAACAUGCUUUUUUUCGACUGUUAAUUCCGGUGUACCAAUAGCAACUGGUGGUCCAUCACUGAUCUACGAAGGCAAAGACGCCUUGCUCACAUGCGUUGUCUCAGAAAAUCGCGCCAAUCACACAGUGAUAUGGAAGAAAUCCGACGAAAUACUCACAGCCGGUAUGGUGAGAGUGACGAGCGACACACGCAUCAGCGUGUUGCAUGACGAAAGUGAAUGGAAAACAGAUCCUAAAGGACUCGAGUCGGGCGGUGAGGUUUGGGUGUUGCUCGUGAAGCGAUUGACUACCGAAGAUUCGGGUAGUUACAUUUGUGAACUGAAUUCGGAGCCAGUGCUCCGUAGCAUACAUAUACUCACAGUCAAGCAGAUACCCACCGGCAAUGAUAACAUCACGACUACCACAGAAUCAAGUGAUGUCUAUCUCGUGCCACCGCCACUCGACGCCACCGACAAUCGCUCAUUUUGGCGCACACCCACCGUUGCGCCACAAAUCACACACGAUUUCACCGAAUGCUGUGAGCGUGCUAAUGUCACCGCCGAAUGCAUGGGUUUCUGUAAUGUGCACAACAUAAUCGAUGGCACGACGGGCAUAGAGCCCGAAGCUUGUGAGAAGGACUUUCCGAAUAUUGUACGUUGCAUGGCGGAUGGACGCGAUCAUGUGCCAUGUUGUGUGGACAAACAGAUACCGGAUUUGUGUCAGGAUAUGUGUCGCGGUGAGUAUACACCCUUUACGGAUCUGCUGAAGACGCGCGUAUCUUGCGUUCAUCACACUCUCAGCGGUUUGCAGUGCAUACUGCAGGGCGUGCAGAACAUACCCAGUACACCAACGGGUGUUACAGUCGAUCAUGUGUCGGAGACGCGUGUCACGGUACACUGGUACGAACCGGAAAAGCUGGCACAUAAAGUUGCCUAUUAUAGUGUGAAUUUCACGGCGUUACACAGUUUCGAUGAGGAUGAAGUAUCCAAUGCGUUUGCAUGGAAGAAACGUCCACUAGAGCAGACCAUUAUACGUACAGUGCCGGUAAAUCAGACAACGCUGACACUGCAGGAUCUUACGCCGCUCACAAUGUACGCGAUAGUGGUGACGGCACAUAACGAUUUCGGUUCGAGUUUGCCCAGUGAACGUUUGCGUGUAUUCACCCAUACCAGUGAGGUAUUCGCACCCCGAAGUGAUGAUGCCGAAGCUUCUACUUCGGUAGAAAGCAUUAUGCCGGAGCUGCCUAACAUACGUAGCUGUUGUGAAGCCAACGGUAUGACGCAUCGUAAGUGUCUCGAUAAAAUGUGCGAUCCACAAAAGACCGACCUAGCUACACUGCCUGACUUUAUGGUCUGUGCACCAUGGUCCAAUAUCACCUUCACAUGCUUAGCAAAUAAGAUCGAUCACACGCCCUGCUGUCGUGCGCGUGGCAUACCAGCUGUGUGCUUCCCACUAUGCUCAGGCAAAAUAUCAACACUGGACUUUAGUCUGUUCAAGUGCCUACGGUUCAUGUCUGAAUACAGCAGCUGCCUUUUCCAGGGUUACGGUGUGCUUGCAGAUCCACCUUCGAUGAUACGUACGGUGGCUAAGGCGGACAACUUCAUAAUAUUGGACUGGGAUAAACCCAAGCGCUUGGCCGAUACAAUCAGCACUUAUCACGUAAAAUUUCGCCGUCUAGGCGAGGGCGAUGACUAUCUGACUGUAGUGAAGAAAAACCCACCACUUAUUUUGGAAGGACUCGAACCCGAAGUCUACUAUGAAUUCUACGUAGUCUCCGUGAAUCAAUAUGGCAAAAGUGAAGCUUCACCACGUCUCAUUACACGCACACAACCCGCAGAGGCAGUGGAUGAGCCCGAACCGGUUUACAAUAUGACAAAAUGCUGUCAGGCAUCCGGCUUGCUGCCACAAUGUGCGCCACUCUGUUCGUACAACAUUAAAUUGUCGGAUAUUGAAAAGCUCGGACCGGCGUGUCGAGCACAAAUGUCGGUUAUUGUGCGCUGCGCCGCCGGUGGACGUGAUCAUACGCCCUGUUGUCAGCGCCGCGGCGUACCCACCGCCUGCAUGACCAUCUGCCGCGGCGUCAUGCCACACUACGCGAACGGCGCCGGCAGCAAUCCAGGCGCGUUGAGUGGCAGCAGCUAUAGCGGCAGUAAUGGCACGACCUCCAGUGAUUGUCUAUCUUAUGCAGGCAAUAUUUUGCAGUGCAUCGAAGAAGGCACUGAGAGCAUACCCGGUCCAGCUGAGGACGUGCACGCCAUUUCGGUAACAAAUACCACAAUUAGCUUGACUUGGCGUCAACCCGGUUACGAGGCAAGCGCACCCACCGCAGCAACAACAACAACCACAGGCAAUAAUGAGGAGAACACGAAGAAAGGUGCUAGCUCAACUUCUGCUGGCAGCGCAAACAAUGGCGAUAACAACAGCAACACCGCCAACACUAAUGACAUUGCCACUGCUGGUGGCAGUGAUGCGUCGACGUCCAACAGCGAUGAUGAUAUCGAUUUUAUCGUGCAAUAUGGCAAAGUCAAUAACAUGACCCUCUAUGAGACUGUGGCGAAACUGGAAAAUGAAUUGACCACAAACGAGACCAGCAUCGCGCUGACAAAUUUGGAGCCGCACGCAUUGUAUCGCAUCAUGGUGGUGACGCGCGGCCGUUAUGGUACCGCGUUGCCAUCUUCGAUGUUGCUGAUCAAUACGACCGAUGAUGAGAAUGCUACAUUCAAAAAUAAUACCUACGGUGCACCCUCGCCGCCACACUCGCUGUCAAUUACAUCACACAGCGCGACCUGGAUGCAAUUGACUUGGCAACCGCCAGAAUAUUCGCAUCCGCAUGAGAAGAUUACCUACAGAGUCUACCACAAACCCAUGAAAUCGGAGAAGUUCAACAAAAUCGAAACUAAAGUAGCAUGGCUGCGUAUGAGCAAUCUGAAACCCAGCUCACAACACAUACUCUACGUCGAAGCAAUCGGUGAACAUGCGACAUCUUUACCCUCUGAGACGCUGGUGGCAUGGACCGAUCCGGCAUUGCCGGCAUUCGUUGAUCCGCCAACCGUACACCCGGCAGAUAAUAUACCCGAAGGUGGCUCGAUGACUAUACUGUGCUUAGCUUUGGGUAAUCCUGCGCCAACCAUUUCACUCUACGUCGGUGGACAUUUGGUGCGUCAGGACACAUCAAGACAUAUGGUUACAGUCAUACAUAAUGUCACUGCGGACAUGGAGCAUAUAUCCUGUUAUGCAGACAAUGGUUAUGGUGUGCCUAUGCAGGCCACAAGACGAGUCAAUAUAUGCUAUGCACCAAAAAUUACCGCCGCCGGUAUCACUGUUGCCUCGUUGGGCGAUGAGGUCGAGCUGCGCUGCACAGUCGAUGCGAAACCGACACCAAAGACCAUCUUCUGGCGUGAUCAUGAUGGCCGCGUGCCCGUCAUACAGGGUGGUCACUUCGAUAUCUCGACCAAAAUGAAUGAGUCGCAUACAAAUCUCUACACAAUGUCGUUGCGCAUCAAUAAAAUGUUGGCGACGGAUGUGGGCGACUAUUUUUGUCAUGCGGAAAAUGCUUUCGGCUCAGCGACGUCGGCGGUUUCGGUGCGUAUACGCACUACACCCGCGCUGGGACGUAAUGUCUCCGAAUGUUGUCGUCAAAUGAAUGUAUCCAUGGCCUGCCGUGCCGCUUGCAGUUAUUAUGUCGACAUUGAAGCGAUCGCCGACAAGCCCGAGUGUAUUGUGGACUUUGACAAGCUGAUGAAAUGCGCAGCGGACGGUUCGGAUCAUCGCAGCUGUUGUGCGGAUGCGAAUGUGCCGAGAAAGUGCUUGAAUUGGUGUCGCGGUGAUUCGGUGCGUGCGAAGGAGGUCUGUAGUUUGCAAUACUCACGCACAAUUGUUGGCUGCUUUGAAAUGAAUAGGGACAAACUGCCAGGACCACCGGAGAAUAUUGCCGUCAGCGUUAUGUCGAACAAUGAGGUGAUGAUUAGAUGGGAUCCACCACAAAAGAACCCCAAUGUGGUCGAAGGUUAUCGGAUAUUUUAUCAUGAGGCAGCCAUACUUGCAGGCGACACGAGUGAGUCCAGCGGUGACGGCAUGACCUACAAUUCAACAACACUACAAAAUAACACCGAAAUCAGGCGUAUCGAUGUGAAGGAGACCACAGUGAAUAUAAAUGGUUUGAAGAAGGAUGUGCUCUAUGAGCUGGUGGUGAAAGCUGGCAAUGCAUUUGGCGCCAGCAUUCUCACCGAACCAGUCAAAUUCACGCUCGGCGAUCAUCAUGUCACCUCAGCGACAACAUAUUCAAAUGCUGUCGGCACCAUCAGUGGCAUUGUGGCCAGCAUUUUGGCUGUGCUAUUAGCAGCAGCGGCCAUUGUGUUUUAUCGGCGUCAUCGCGCACGUAACGGUAAGGCUGGUAAUGGUGUGGCUUUCGAAAAUCCAACAUAUACACGCGGUCUGGAGCAAGUUCAGCUACCCACAGUGACAUCGGCCAUCACCCACGCCGGCACCACCGCCCAGUCGGCGCAACGUGAUGGCAUCGUCAACGAUGCGAACGCGGACGCGCACACACAAUGCAACGAAGUAAAUCCGACAAUUUACGAAGAGCUCAAACUUGGCCAAGAAGACGCUUUACGAGUUAAAGUACAGUGGGCCUACGAAUUUUAAUUACCAGCGCCAAUGGCCAUUAGUCUUGCGUGCUUCGGCAGUGGGCAACAGCAGCGCGUAGUCGAGGAAAAGACGACAGCAAUAAGUAAGCGAAUCGUGGGCGAGCCGAGGAGCAGUUAAAAAUCUAAUGAAAAUUUGAAAGUAGGCCCAAAAGGCAAAUGCGCGAAGGUGGUUCGGUUAGUGGUAAACGAGCGAUGUACAAUUUUUUUGCAGCACUUAUUAGGUGUACGAGUACCUAUGAACAACAGCAACAAUAAGAAUGGUGGAAAGCAAAGCGGCGAAAGAAUGUUAAUGAAUGGGAGACGACAGCUAAUCACCUAGCAAUGGUUUAAUGCUUGGCAGCUGCCAUAAGAACGAACAAAACAGCGGUGAAUUUUCACUUUUAGAUGUUAGGGGUGUUUUAAAACUUUUUUGAAACCCAGAUUUUUUUUUUUUUUGCAAGUUGCCUGUUGACUCGCCACUUGCUAUCUACUAGGUCUAACUAACUCUAUGUUUCAAGGAGUUUAGUGCUUUGCAUAGCUUUGAUGGAGUAUUUGAUUAAAAUAUUUAGAAUUUAGGCAGAUUGCUCGAUUGGAUUAGGUUAAGACUUUUAGCUGAAAAUAUCUAAUUUAAAUUACAACGGGCCUUAAAAAGCAUAAUACCACAAAUAGACUAUUAAAUUUUAUUCAUAUCGGCAAUGUGAUCCAGUUAUUAUUCAUAUUACUGAUUUUUAGGGUAUUAAAAAAAAUUUUUAUUUUACCUUGAUUACAAAAAGUGUUAAACUUUUUGCUAUAACGUUGCAAAAAAUUUUUUGGAGAAUUUAUAAUAUUUCUAAGCGAUUACGUUAGCGCAUACACACAGUUUUCAAUUAACACAAUAAUAUAUUUAUGUACACCCCUAAUGUGAAACUGAAACAAAUCUUCCUGGUUUGCUCAAUUACAGAUUUCCUUCUCUUAUUUACCGGUAAUGCAAUACAGUUAUUACCAAUAAUAUUAAAUUUUUCGAGUUUUUUUUUACAAAUUUAAUAAGACAUUUUUUUUGAGAAUAUUUAAUUUUUUUAUUUAGCGAAUACUCUAGCGUUGACACAAAGUUAAAAAGCUCUAAUCAAUACAACAUUUAAGUACACCCCUAAUGUGAAACUGGAACAAAGUUGCCCGCUUUGCUCAAUUACAGGUUUCUCUUUAUUCUCUUGCAACAUUUUGCUUUAGCCCGCUUUUAGGCAAUAAUGUGUACGAUGGUGGGUCAAAAAAAAUUUUACAUAUAAUUCCAGUUUAUAUUCAGAAAACUUUUUGUUAGAUAAAAAAAUUCAUGGAAACGCCAAAUUAUAGCUAAAAAAAUGUAACUGUUACCUUUAAUAAGUUUUAAACGGUGAAGCUUACGAAAAAAUUGUACUAUUUUUGUAGAAAAAUUUCCUACAAUAUAUUGAGACGAGAAAUAUUUUUCAAUUAAUAAAUACUGAGAUAAGGAUUUUUCGUUUCAAAAUUAAGGACCAACAGGAAAGAGUAGAGCGGAUGAUCUUCCUAAAGGAUGGAGAAAAAUAUUUUGUAGUGUCAAAUAAAGUGAAUAAAAUAACCCACCCACCCUACUGCGCCCACGAACGAAAAGAAGCUGUCGUCACCAACGUUUUGCUUUUGCCAUUUGAGCUCUUUGCACUUGUAGCUGCUGUUCAUAUAUUAUUUUAUAAUUUAAUUGUAAUUCUUGCUGUUCUUAGCGCUUGCCACACAAUUCAAGGUCGUCGCGUGAGUUAACCUUAUUAACUUGCAAUGCACACAAAUGUUCUUUUUGUUUUUGCUUGCGUUGUAGUUUUUGCUUACUUACUUUUAUGUGUGAAUAAAUUGAAUUUCAAGCGAUUUAAUUUUAGUUAUAAAUUUACACACACACACUAUUACAAUGUAUGCAUAUGUAUAUGCGUGCAGCUGUGCGCAAUUACGAAGUCAUACGAGCAUUUGCUUAGAAAUGUACAAAUCAACGAACGAUAAUAAAUGUAAAACUUUAUUUGCAAAACA